AUGACUGAUCAGCCCAUAAAGCAAAUCCUUCAGAAGCUCGAGGUUUUGUCAGACUUCUUGGCUGAGUUGACAUCAUCACCCGCCCAGGAGGAGGAAACGGUUGUAGGAUGGGUAUUAUUAGUUAAUGGAGCAACAAACUCGAAAGAAAGUGGGGCAGGAAUUAUUUUGGAAGAUCCGCAGGGUGCCUUGAUUGAACAAUUGCUCCAUUUUGCUUUCCGAGCUAGCAACAAUCAAGCGGAAUACGAGGCUCUUAUAGCAGGAAUGUUGCUAGCUAAGGAACUCGGAAUACAGAACCUCUUGGCAAAAAGCGAUUCCUUAUUGGUCACAGGACAAGUAUCAAGAGAAUACCAAGCUAAGGAUCCUUUACUAGCUCGGUAUCUAGACUUUGUCCGAACGUUAGCCGUUCACUUCCAGUCCUUCCGAUUGAUACAUGUACCACGGGAGCAGAAUUCACGUGCAGAUCUGUUAUCCAAAUUGGCAAGCUGUUCACGCCCAGGCAGACAAAGAUCGGUAAUACGCGAGACGUUGGUAGCCCCUAAAGUAUCAGACGUCGGAUCCGAUGUACAAGUCUGCACACUAAACUUCUUGACAGUGGAGGAAGGACAAACAAGCUCAUGGUUAGUCCCUUAUAUUACAUAUUUAGCGGACGGAUGCCUUCCCUCCGACCAUGCAGAGGCCCAAAUAAUAAAAAGGAAUGCCACUAGGUAUACCCUAAUAGACGGAAAGCUUUUUCGGAGAGGAUUUAGCCGACCUUUGCUUAUUUAUGUAACACUUGAGGUCGGUAGGCGGUUGAUGUCCGAGCUUCAUGAGGGAAUAUGUGGAAGUCAUGUUGGCGACAGGGCGUUGUCCCUCAGAGUCUUACGCGCAGGCUAUUACUGGCCCCCACCAGAAGAAUUGCAUUCCAUAAGUACCCUAUGGCCUUUUCACACCUGGGGUAUUGACAUCCUAGGCCCAUUCCUUGUGGCUACUAGACAGCGGAAGUUAUUGGUGGUGGCUAUUGAGUAUUUUACAAAGUGGAUCGAGGCCGAGCCAGUAGCAUCCAUCUCAGCAAAUGUGAUACGGGCCUUUUUAUGGAAGAGAAUCGUUUGUCGAUUCGGGGUCCCACACCGAUUAAUCUCGGAUAAUGGGACACAAUUCACCGCAUAG